AUGAAAGGGGAAGACGAGGCGAUGAGCCAACUCGCCUCUAUGAUCUGCGGUGACGAAGGAAAGCCGACUCCCUCAAGAAAACCUGCGACGCCACACAAGCAUGAUCCGGUCCAUGCUAUCCUUGCUGGUGCCGGCGUCGAAUAUACUCAUCUCAAUAAUGAGGUGGUUGGGUCCUCGCGUGUCGAAGAAAACCUCAGUCGUCGCGCCGAGCUUGCCCCCGAGGAUACGACAGGUGAUCAGCAAGUAUUCGUGUCUACGCAACAAGGGCCAUUUGAUGAAGUGGACGAGGAGGAGCCCUUGGGGUUCCAAUACCACCCACCAGAGGGUGUUAUGCGACGUCAAUUCUGCAGUAUGGCGCAGCACUUUGGAUACGCCAAUGCUACGGAGUUUGCUCUUGUCGUUGAGAGUAUGACGCAGGCGCAGCGCCGGUCGUGUCUCGACCGAUGGUAUCAAGAGAGGAGAGCUGAGUUGUCAAAGACUGCCAAGGGCGACGCCAAGGAAGAAAUUAAACAUGAGAUCAAAGAUGAGUUCAAGGAAGAAGUUAAGGAAGGGGUGAAAGAGGAGAGUCCAGCCCUUUGA